CCACUGUCCAGUAUCUCCCGCACUCUCACUCAAACCAAUCUCACCAAAAGACCCACCAUCUCUUAGGCAGCACCACCUCACAAAACGCCGCCUCAACAGGCGUCAGCACCGCCCCCUCACCACCACCACACGGCCUCCGCUCUUUCAUCGUGUCGGUCAUCCUCUCCCAGUGCGCCUCGAUGGCCGCCUCCUCUCCUGGUGGCCAAAACAGGAUGCUACGGACAUUCAGUGCCAUCACACCAGCAACCACAGCAGCAGAGACGGCCGUAACAGCCGUCGCCCGCGAGGCGACCACUGCGUUGAGUCCCAUCUUGGACAGAGCCGCGAACAGGCCGCUGCCCAGCCAUGGUGACACCAGCAGCAGGAGAGGAGCGAAGAGCAGCAGGCAUGACGCCCAGUUGACCUCUGCGAGCGGUGCAAAUCGCCCCGUUGCCACGCCGAUGGCCCAUUGCUCGUUGUUGCCGAUACGGCUGUGGUACUGCAGUGGGCCGAGCCACUGUGCCACCCGCUUGUGGAUGUCAGCAACGUCUCGGGUGUCGAGGCUUGUCACCGCCUCGACCUUCGGCCACCAUACGCCGGCUGAAGCGAAGGAAUGCAGAGACACGAUGCGCACUCGGCCAUUCUGCCCCGCUGCGCCCCGCCUGGCCAUGGGUGGGGGGUAGCUGAUUGAAGAGAGGAAGCCGAUGGUGCACAUGGUGUCCGUGCCGGCGGCCUUGAUCAGACGGGCCAUCUCUUUGAGCCUCUUGUCGGAGAUGAAGGCUGCCUGCCCUUCAUGAUCACGGGUCGCGUUGAUGCAUGUCUCCUUGAGCAGCCGUGCUGUUGCUGCAGCCCCGCUCGAGUUGGUGCUUGUGGUGGCAUUGUCAGACAGGCUGAGGUCCAGCAGGGAAAAACCCGGCUUGGUCUUCUCAGUGACUGUCAUCCUUUUCGGCAGCCUCGAUGAUCUCCUCACUCUCUCAAUGGCCUUCACCAUUGUAGCAUUGGCCGUGCCAGCUGUCUGCAUGCUCGUGCUGCUACCGUAGCUGCUGCCGUCCUGUGUGAAUUCUCCAAUCAGCCCACGGCCAAGGUAGAUGCCGUAGUGCUUCUGCCACCAGCCGUGAGUCCUUCUAAUGAUGGCGCCAGGCUUGACGGGGCUGCCGUAGCUGUCUCGCAGAGUCGAAAGGUGUGCGGCGUCACACUCAUUGAGGGUCGAGACCAGUGCGCCACACAGGAAGGAGGCCGGGUCCCAGGCGGCGCCCUCGGCCUGCCAUGCAUAUGGCCAUCGGGGCCCCAAGGAAUGCACCGCCAGCAGGAGGAGGGCCGUGAAGCUCAGCAAAGUCUGCAGAGAAGCGACGACGAGAGGAUCGAUGCACCACGUUGUCUGCUUUCUUGCAGUGGUGGUCUGCUUCCUUGCACCUGCUCGGUACCUGCAUCGUGCCCUCUGCGUCAGCUGCAGUGUCACGCGCCUCGGCACUGCCCGCCUUGCUGCCCGCUGUCGUCGGCGACGUCCGCUUGCUUCUUUCGCUGUUUUUCUUCGUCUUGGUUGAUUGAAUAAGCAU